AUGCGUUUUUCCGCGACCUUCGCCGCGGCGGCGGCAGCCUCGUUCGCCAGCACGGCGCUGGGGUGCGCCGAGGAGGGCCACAGCUGCUACGGGCCGCAGAACGACGUCGUCCUCACGCGCAAGGUCAAGCGCAUGCAGCCCGAGUCCAGCAACGCGACCAGCGGGCCGCGGGCGCCGCUCGAAUGGGGCCAGCUCAACUUCCUGCACACGACCGACACGCACGGCUGGCUGGAGGGCCAUCUGAAGGAGCAGAACUACGGCGCCGACUGGGGCGACUACGUUUCGUUCACGACGGCCAUGAAGGCGAAGGCCCGGGAGCUGGGGGUGGACUUGCUGCUCGUGGACACUGGUGACUUGCACGACGGCGCUGGUCUCUCGGAUGCCACGGACCCGAACGGGUUGAUCUCGAAUCCUAUUUGGGAGAACAUCGACUACGAUCUGCUCGCCAUUGGCAACCACGAGCUCUAUGUCACCGAGAUUGCUUACGAGCAUUUCAACCAAUUCGCCAAGGUGUACGGCGACCGCUAUGUCACGUCCAACGUUCAGAUUGUCAACCCUUCGACCGGCGAGUUUGAAUAUAUCGGCCACCAGUACCGCUAUUUCACCACCGAGCAAGGCCUCCGCAUCAUGGCAUUUGGCGUUCUGUUCGACUUUGGCGGAAACUCGAACGUCUCCAAGGUGAUCAAGGCUGCCGACCUUGUCCAGGAGUCGUGGUUCCAAGACGCCGUGAAGCACGAGGGCGUCGACAUGUUCGUCCUCUUCGGCCACAACGCCGCCCGCCCGACCGACUCGACCAGCACCAUGGGCACCGUGUACAGCGCCAUCCGCAAUGCCCGCCCCGACAUCCCCAUCCAGAUCUUCGGCGGCCACACGCACAUCCGUGACUUCGCCGUCUACGACAACAAGGCCACCGGCCUCGAGUCGGGCCGCUACUGCGAGACGCUCGGCUGGCUGUCCAUCACCGGCAUCCAAGGCCAGGGCAACAGCACCUACAAGGCCGUCCAGCCCGCCGGCCUCCCAGCGCCCACGCGGCCCGCCGUCUCCGUCAACGCCACGGCCGACAACAGCACCCUCCCGACGUCCGACACGCCGUCCACCCUCCGCUACUCCCGCCGCUACCUCGACUGGAACCGGUGGACCUUCGCGUACCACGCGACGGGCAGCCAGAACAAGCCGUUCGACACGCAGCACGGCAAAGCCGUCACCGCGACCAUCACGGGCGCGCGCACGCAGCUCAACCUCAGCAGCGUCAUCGGCUGCGCGCCGCAAACCUGGUGCAUCGACUGCAAGCCCUUCAACGACGCCGGCAACAUCUACACUUUGCUCCGCGAGGCCAUCGCCACCGUCCUCGUCAACGAGACGCGCAAAGACGUGCCGCGCCUGCUGUUCAUCAACACGGGCAGCGUGCGCUUCGACCUCGUCCAGGGCCCCUUCACCUACGACGACUCGUUCAUCGUCUCGCCGUUUACCAACACCAUCCGCUUCGUCCCCGACGUGCCGUACGAGUACGCGUCGCAGGUCCUCGACAUCAUGAACGCCGGGCCCUACCAGAAGCGCUCGCUCGACCUGUCUCCCGACCCGCAGCUCUCCCGUCGCAGCUUGGGAUUCAGCGCGCUCACGCCCUCGCUGCCCGACACGGACGCCUGCGUCGACCCGCCCAUCUCGCGCUCACACGAGCUGCGCGGCCGCUCGUUCCAGGGCGGCCGCCUGCUGCGCCGCCAGGAAGUCGCGACGCCGGGCUACGUCACGUCCGAUGAUUUUGGGACUGACGGCGACGACACGCCGCACACGGCUAUCCCGGCGUACGACCUGCCCAUCGACGUGCAGGCCAACGCGUCGUUCCCGGCCGACGGCAGCACGCCGGAGAAGGUGGACGUCGUGUAUCUCGACUUCAUCGAGGAUUACGUCAUCGCGGCGCUGAAUGAGGCGGGCGGGAACUUCUCGACGGAUGAUACGGAUGGGUAUAUGCCCGAGAGCUUUACGAGUAAUAUGUAUUUGCCUGAGUAUGCCAAGGUGGCGUGGCAGGCGAAUGUGGAUGAUUGUCCGGUCGGGGAGGGGGUGGGGUUUGAUAAGAGGAGGUAG